CAUCGGGCAGGGUCCAUCCUGCUGGGCACUGGGCACGGGGCCAGCCCUGGGGCCGCCUGGGGACGGGUGCUCACCCGGGACAUUCUGCCCCCCGUGCCACCAGAGCCCCAGGGAUCCUCGGUGCCACCACCUGCCCCACGGUCUCGGUGCCAUGCAGAUCCUGAGGUGCCCAGCCCAGCUGCGGCUUCUGGAGGAGACCCUGCGGAAGAGCCUGCCCACCACCCUGCCGGUCCUGGGGACUGUGAUGACGGUGGCCCGGGGGAACCCGGCCGCCCACGAGGUGCUGGUGGACUCCUGGCCCGAUUUUGGCAUCGUCCUGACCCGCCUGCGUCCAGAGGAGCACAAGGACCCCAAGGAUCACUACACCAACCAGCUGGCCGUGUUCUACCGGGACAAGGGGGCCCUGCAGGCGCUUCUGGGGGGCCCCGAGGCGGUGGUCCAGGCACGAGCCUUCCAGAUACUGGGCCUGCAGGAGGGGCUGGAUGAGGCCGUGCGGGAGGCGGCCGGUGCCAAGGGGCUGCACGUGGAGACCAUCCGGUACCUGGGACUGAUGAGCCCCGAGCCCCCCCGACCCCGUGCACAGUUGCCCCCGGGCCUGCGCCUGGCGCCCGUGUCCCCGUCCCACGUCCCGCUGCUCAACGCCACGUGGGCCCUGGGUGGCAACGCCCGCAGCCGGGCCUUCCUGCUGGGGCUGGUGCGGGCGCUGCCCUCCGCCUGCCUGCUGGGCCCGCGCGGCCGCCCCGUGUCCUGGACCCUGCUGGACGCCCAGGGCUGCCUGCGCCACGGCUACACGGUGCCCGCCUGGCGCGGCCGCGGCCUCACCGGCCUCACCAUGGCCGCCAUGGGCCGGGGGCUGCACGCCCGCGGCUUCCCCAUCUACUGCACCGUGCUGCCCCACAACAGGGCCGCGCUCAGCGCCCUGGGCGCCAUUGGCUUCGUCACACAGCCUGGAACAUUCUACGUCAUCGUGGGGACGCCCAAGUAGCGCCCGGGGAGGGGGUGGAUGUGCUCGGGGUGGGGUGACCUGGGCCUGGGAGGGGACUGGAUCCCUACCCCAGUGACCACCGUCCAGAGGGGAACAGCCUGACCGCCACGCUGAGCUUGGGGAGGAGCUGCUCUCUCUGGUCCCUACUGAGCUCGGAGCCUGGAGCAAUUCACCCCGGUCCCUGCUGAUGGCACAGGGGGGAACACCCUGAUUCCUCACCGAGCUCAGGUCUGGAUCUGUUCACCCCGGUCCCUGCUGAUGGCACAGGGGGGAACACCCUGAUUCCUCACCAAGCUCAGGUUUGGAUCUGUUCACCCCCAUCCCUGCUGAUGGCACAGGGGGAACACCCUGAUUCCUCCCUGAGCUCAGGUCUGGAUCUGUUCCCCCCGGUCCCUGCUGAUGGCACAGGGGGGAACACCCUGAUUCCUCACCAAGCUCAGGU